ACGCCUGAGAUGCAUUUCAUUAAGGAAAGACAAAGCGUAAUACAGGAUGCUCUGCGCAGACAUAACAUUUUAGGUCCUGAGAAAGAUGUUCCUCGCGUGGUUGUGUUGGGUUCUGGGGGUGGGCAAAGGGCCCACAUCGGCUUCCUUGGUGUUCUGCAGCAGCUGGGAAAAGAAGAUCUCCUAGACUGCAUGCUGUAUGUAGCCGGGGUCUCUGGAUCCACAUGGUGCAUGUCCUCACUGUAUCAAGACCCGCAGUGGACACAGCAUGCAGAGGAGGCUACAAAUAAAGCACUGUUGAGCAUGUCUGAGGGGGUGGGUGUCACCUUCCAUGAUGGCGUCCAGUGGAUGAGGCAGAGAUACGCAGAGGGAGAUUUUUCCCUCUCUGAUGUGUGGGGGGUGCUGACUUGCAGAAUAAAGGGUGUAUCUCUGGAGACCAGGCCUUUGAUGGAUGAGAAAGAUGAAAAUGGGACCAAUCCAUACCCACUCUACAGUGCCAUGGAGAAGCAUUGCUUUAAGGAAAAACUGCGAAAAGAAAUAUGGUUUGAGUUCAGCCCCCACGAGGUUGGCUUCCUAGAGCCUGGAACUUACGUGGACACAUCACAGCUGAAGAAGGACUUUGAGAGAGGGAUAGUGAAACCUGUUCAGCCUGUGCAGAGGAAGCCAAUAGACAUGGUUCAACUGCAAGGAAUUUGUGGAUGUGCUAUGGGAGAUUUGGUCGAAAUCCGAAAGUAUAUGAAAAACGCUCUCUGGCAUUGGAUCCAUUCAAUUAGCCCUGUGAAAGAAACUGGUGUAAAUCCAGGAAAGAUUGCAUUCAUACUGGCUGACUUGAUGGAGAACUAUGCGGACAUAAAGCACAGCCUCUAUGAGCUGGAAAGACUUAAAGGUACUGUAGCUCCACUCCACUCUAGGCGGCUCAUUGGCGACUUCAGCCUGUCCCUCAAAGGUCUAGAGCAAGAGACCUGGAGAAACAUGACUGACCGAGAGAGGAAGGAACUUGUGGAAACCAUCUCUGAUGAACUGAUAGCUUCAAUAGACAAAUGGGGCCACAACCAUUCUCAAGUUAAUGGCCUAGCUGGUGAUGGCUGGCUGGGUGAUGUGUGGUGGGUCAUGCGGCAUGUGAUGCCAUUGUUCAUUGACUGGAACUUCGGAACUGUGGCUAAUUUCCUCUACAACUUUCAAGAUGAUGACGUACCUAAGGACAUGACUCAAGAGGAACAGAUGCAUCUGAUAGAUGCAGGCCUCUAUCUAAACUCUCCAUAUCCGUCAGCCCUGAGAGCAGCCAGAAACACAGAUCUCAUCAUAUCCUUUGACUUCAGUGAGGGUAAACCCUUUCAGACACUGAGGGUGGCCAGUCAUUAUGCAAAGAUCAACCACCAUCCGUUCCCCACGGUGCACUUUACACAAUUGGACCCUAAACACCCAAAGUCCUUCUAUGUUUUUGAAGAAAGAGGCAAACCAACUGUAAUCCACAUUCCCCUCUUUAACAUGGACAACUGCAAAAAUAGGGCAACAAUUCAAAUGGAAAAGAUGGAAUACUCAACCUUCAGCCUGACUGACUCCGACAUAAAAAUCAAUCACCUGGCCAAAUUGGCAGCAGAAAAUGUGAAGAUGAACCGAGACAUAAUCCUGAUUGAGUUGGAAAAAGCUGUGGAGCGGCGCAAGCAACGGAAAUAACUCCACGGCCUUUGUUGAAGCAGUUAGUAUAAACGUGCACUUACUGUACGUGAAAUUGUGUCAGUCUGACCUCUUUAUUUACAAGAGGGAAAAAAUAAUGAGUUACCGUACAAUAACAAAUAUUUACUCAUGCCAUUCAACUACUGUCCUUUCAAAUUAUAUUCUAGAAUAGCAGAACAUGAAAUGUCUAUGAAAUGUCUGGCAAAAAAAACAAUUCUGUCAUGAAAUGUAUCACUAUUUCUAUGUUUAUUUUUAAUAUUGUUUGCACUGUCAUGCUGAUAUGAAGGAACAAUACAUGGAAUCAAGGACUGUAUUUAAAAACAUUGUAUGUUACCACUAAGAGUAUCCUAAAUCACACUAAACAUUUUUAGUUAAAAGUUUUUUCUUAAAACCUAUAGCUAACACAGCUACUGAGACCAACUAUCGCUUAGGGAAAAUGACAACUCGAAAGAUAUAAGCGCUUCAUUACUAUGGUUUACUUCAUUUUGCAUACACAAGCUUGUUUGUAGACUGCAGUUACAGGUCUUGACUUCUUCUAAGCUCUCUCAGAGUUGGAUGCUACUUUUAGCAUUUACAUGGUUUGUGAAUUACUCUUCCAAAAAAAAAGUUUCUCCCAAAUCUGCUA